AUGGCCACCUCCUGCGUGGACGGAGUACAGGCCAUUGGGAUAUACACCGAAAGAUCGGACGGACCCAUCCAAACACUCGAAGCGGUGACAAUGACUGGCCAGAAAAGAUCGGGUCUGGCAGUUGGUGCCUUGGGCGGGAUGAUGCAUGCCCGGUCUAAGAGACAGCCAUUGCGACCGUGGAUUGGCCAACCAAGGUCCUGUGGACGGGGCUUCAGUCGCAGGGCCAAAUCAGAAGCACCCGGGAGACACGAGUACCUGACGCGGAGGCCCAUCACAGCAUUUGAGUGGCACCUUAUCUGGCUGCUUAGUAUGCAGUAG